AUGUUCCAACUUCCAUUUAUGGACGAGCUCCGCUCGCUGGUGGCGUCUAGUGCCAUCGACGACGCGACCGAUCGAUUGAACAGCUUCGCCACCGCCUUUCUGCUCAUCUUCUUCGCCGUGUUCAUCUCGGCCAAAACGUACGUCGGCGAGCCGAUUCAGUGCUGGUUUCCGUCGCAAUUCGAGCACGAUUGGAAAGAGUACUCGGAGACGUUGUGCUUCGUGCAGAAGACGCACUUCAUUCGGGACACGAGUCCGCUCAACAAUCUCAUUCAUGUCGAGAAUCCCGACAAUCACGUCACCUACUAUCAAUGGUCCGCAAUUUUUCUCACGCUGAUGUCUCUCGGAUUCAUAGCUCCGAAAUUGAUCUGGAAAAAAGUGCAAUCCAAAUUUGACAUUCCGCUGUUGUACUUCUGCGAGACGGCCGACGAGAUCAAAAUGAAGUCGAGCAUCGAAAUGAAUGAAAAGGUCCGCGAGAUGGCCAACUAUUUAAAGAGCAAGCUGGUGGUCAGAGAGAAGAAGAAGAAGAGCAAGUUUUGUCUGGCACUCACCUACAUCGCCAUCAAAUUGCUCUACCUUCUCAACAAUGUCGUCCAGUUUGUCUUGCUCAGCUUCUUCCUCGGCCACAGCUACAAUUUGGAUUGGGGAUACGAAAUCCUGAAGAAUCAUAUCAGUGACGUCUCGUGGUCGGACACGGGCAUCUUCCCGCGUGUCACCUUCUGUCACAUCACAAUUCGCGCUCCGCAAAUUCAGAAUCACGUCGUCCAGUGUGUGCUCGCCGUCAACGAGUUCAACGAGAAGAUCUUCUCAUUCAUUUGGGUGUGGAUCAUAAUUGUCGGAAUUGUCACCAUCAUCGGAAUCGGCAUUGCGUCGUAUUAUAUUAUCAGCCAUUCUUACCUCAAAGGUCUUCUCCAUUCGAUCGAGACUCCAGAUGAGAAGACGUUGGCCAGAUUCGCCAAAUAUCUCGGAAAAGACGGCCUUCUGAUUUUCUCGUUCGUCUCAUCGCAGAGUGACGUCGUCGCUUCCGAACUCGCCGUUCUCAUGUUCGACGAAUUUUUGGAAUCCCAUCGAAAAACGAUUGGAGUAAAUGAAGGCAAGGUGAAGCUCAAAGUUUAA